GGGGCGCGGUUCCGGGCGGAGGGCGGCGGAGCGUGAGGGCGCGCGGCCUGACCUCGGCGUCGCCGCGGGCACCCGGGGCUCCGCGCCAGCCAUGGAGAGCGGGGGGCGGCCCUCGCUGGGCCAGUUCAUCCUCCUGGGCACCAGCUCUGUCGUCACCGCCGUCCUGUACUCCGUGUACCGGCAGAAGGCCCAGGUCGCCCAGGAGCUCAAGGGAGCUAAAAGAAUCCACCUGGGCGAAGACUUAAAGAGCAUUCUUUCAGAAGCUCCAGGAAAAUGUGUGCCUUAUGCUGUAAUUGAAGGAGCUGUUCGAUCUGUUAAAGAAACACUUAAUAGCCAGUUCGUGGAAAAUUGCAAGGGAGUGAUUCAGCGGCUGACACUGCAGGAGCACAAGAUGGUGUGGAAUCGGACAACCCACCUUUGGAAUGACUAUUCCAAGAUCAUUCACCAGAGGACCAACACGGUGCCCUUUGACCUGGUACCCCACGAGGAUGGCGUGGGCGUGGCUGUGCGAGUGCUGAAGCCCCUGGACUCGCAGGAUCUGGGCCUGGAGACAGUGUACGAGAAGUUCCACCCCUCCAUCCAGUCCUUCACCGAUGUCAUUGGCCACUAUAUCAGCGGCGAGCGGCCCAAAGGCAUCCAGGAGACCGAGGAGAUGCUGAAGGUUGGUGCUACCCUCACAGGGGUAGGCGAGCUGGUCCUGGACAACAACUCCGUCCGCCUCCAGCCCCCCAAGCAGGGCAUGCAGUACUACCUGAGCAGCCAGGACUUCGACAGCCUGCUGCAGAGGCAGGAGUCAAGCGUCAGACUCUGGAAGGUCCUGACACUGGUCUUUGGCUUUGCCACCUGUGCGGCCCUCUUCUUCAUUCUGCGGAAGCACUACCUGCAGCGGCAGGAGAGGCAGCGCCUCAGACAGAUGGAGAAGGAGUUCCAGGAGCACGAGGCCCAGCUGCUGAGCCGCGCCAAGCCCGAGGACAGGGAGAGUCUCAAGAGUGCCUGUGUCGUGUGUCUGAACAGCUUCAAGUCCUGCGUCUUUCUGGAGUGUGGGCAUGUCUGCUCCUGUGCCGAGUGUUACCGCGCCUUGCCAGAGCCCAAGAGGUGCCCCAUCUGCAGACAGGAGAUCACCCGGGUCAUUCCGUUGUACAAUAGCUAAUGGUCUUGAAGCCCCACAGGUGGAGGUGAAGGGACCCCACUCCCCCUUCUCAGGAAUGUUUGUCUUGAGGCCUGUAGAAGAGCAGCGAUGGGGAUAGCUCUUAUCCCAGGUACGAAUGAGGGAGGAGGCUGGGGAGCCAUCCAGGUCUCACACCUCCAGCACUGGGACGUUGCCGCGCCACCACAAGAGGGGACUCCCCACCUCCGGCCCUGCUUGAGAAUCACAGCCCCACGCUGGGGUGGGUGUGGUAGCCUGGCAUUCCUUCCUGCAACCAGAGGAGUGUGUGCGUGUGAUUGACAACACCUCAUCGCUUAGGGCCCGAUCUUUUGGUCCUUUCUGGGGAACUGCUGGUUCCCGUGGACUUAAACUUUGAGUGACUCAACCAGCUGGGAGGCAGAGUCGGGCUCUGGGUGUGGGGUAUGCUUCACAGAGCUGUCUCUGAAGAGUCGCCUCUGAAGAGGCUGUCGCACAGCCUUUCUUCCUUUUAAUGAUACCCCACGUAAAAGGCCGGGCUGGACAUGUCACUGUGUCCCUUUCCCCUCACCUGCUCACCUCGUAAUGUGAGCACAUGUCUGUCAGGACCAAAGAGUGAAGCCUGCCAUCUGCCUUCUACGGAAAAGAAGGAACUCUGGUCAGCAGGCGGAAGAGCGGCCACUUGAAGAGACAGUGGGACUAUCCUCUGGUCCGCAGUGGCGAAGGUGGCAGCUUGGCUGCAGCCCCCCUGGAGUCUCCGUGACCUAGAGGGAGGGCCGUCUGAGUGCACCUUCGGCCCUGAUUGGGAGUUCUCGGGGCCUGAGCGGUGAGCACCGGGCCUGGCUUUCCCUGCCUGAGGUCAGCCUGCAGGGCCUCACCGCCUCAAGGAAGCAGUGAGGCUACCUGUCCUGGCCUCUUGGCCAUGUUGGCUUCCCUCCCAGGCUGUCACCGAGGCAGAGUAGCCAGCCAGCACCUUGGGCACCAAGCCUUUUCUACAGUCCCGCCUCCUCACAUAGAGAAGUUAACAUCCUGUGGGUGGAAUCACAUCGCCCCUUCCUGGGUUGCUGUCUCCCCCCCCCCCCCCCCCGCCCCCCUGACCUGCUCCCCUUGAGUUUGUGAGUGAAAGAAGUGGAGGAGCCCUUCUCACCUCCGACUAGUCCGAGGUCUUGUACACAGCUCUCAUCUCCCUUCCCUGGCUUUGAAUAUUCAUCCCCUAUCCUCCUUUGUGUGGGGGAGGCGGGGGUGCUCUCAGGGGGCUGACACCUGUUCUAUGCAGUGUCCAGUGUGGACAGCACAAAUUAAACACGUUAUAACCAA